UGGCCGGAAACCGUAAAAGGGGGGCACAGCUUUCGUGCCUCCCUGGUGUUCCGCCGGCGCUCUCUGGACCCUUCUCUUCCCGGGCUGCUGGACCUAGCAUGGUCGACGACGCGGGUGCUGCUGAGGUUCCGGGGGACGAAUGGAGGCCCGCCCGGUCCCUGGACAGGCUGCUCAGGGCACCACUUCCACCACCGCGGAUUCGCACCCGGCCUUGGUGGUUUCCAGUGCAGGAGCUGAGAGACCCGCUGGUGUUUUACCUGGAGGCGUGGCUGGCUGACGCCAUCUUCGGCCGAGACCGAGCCAUAAUUCCAGAAAUAGAGUGGAUGAGCCAAGUCCUGCUGACGGUGGACGUAGUUAACUCUGGAGACUUAGUUGAAAUCAGUAUCUUCGGAUGGCCCCGUGUACAAAAUCGGGUGAAGAGCGUGCUCCUGAGCCUGGCAUCUUGGCACCGGAAACAUCGUGCCAGAGGUGCCACACUCAUGGAAUCCAACAUGGGGCUUGAACUGACAAUCCUGAAAUCAAGACCUGAGCGGAGAUCAAGAGUAGGUCCCUCAAUGGACUGAGCCACCCAGGUGCCCCCAUAAACAAUUGUAAUAAAAAAAUACAGAGAGCUCCCAUGUACUCUUACUCGGUUUCCUCCUAUGGUAACAUCUUGCAAACCUAUAGUACAAUAUCGCAACCAGGAUAUCAACAUUGAUGCAGUCAAGACACAGAAUGUUUCUAUCAUGAGAAUCCCCCAUCUUGCCCUUUGCUAGCCAUACCCACUUCCUUUCAGUCCCCAUCCCCUCUUUGAUUCUAGCAACCACUUCUCUGUUCUUCUGUUUAAUAAUUAUGUCACUUCAAGAAUGUUAUAUAAAUGGAAUCAUAUAAUAUAUAAACUUUUAAGAUUGGCAUUUUUUCUCCCACUUACUAUUAUUCUGUGGAGAUUCAUCCAGGUUGUUUCUAUUAACUGUUUUCUUUUAUUGUUGAGUAAUAUUCCAUGGUAAGCUAUAUCACAGUUUGUUUAACCAUUCACUUGUUAAAGGACACGUGUGUUGUUAACAGCUUUUUGCUAUUACAGGUAAAGUUGCUCUGAACCCUCUUGUGCAAGUUUUUGUGUGGACAUAUGUUUUCAUUUCUCUUGGGCAAAUAUGUAGGAGAGUAAUUGCUAGGUCAUGUGUAACUCUAGUUGUUUGAGGAACUGUGAGACUGUCUCUAGAGUUGCUGUAUGUACCAUUUUACCUUCCCAUCAGCAAUGUAUGAGUGAUUUGGUUUCUCUGAAACCUCACUUUAGGGUUGUCCCUAUUUUUAAUUUUAGUUAUUCUGAUAGUUGUGUAGUG